AUGUCCAUGCCGAAGAUAGACUAUCGAUACAAGAUAAUUGUUCUUGGUGAAAGCGAUGUGGGGAAAACUUGCUUGCUUCACAAGUACAAGGAGGACGACUUCAAGCAGUCAUUGAUGACAACAAUAGGUGUGGAUACUGUUUCAAAGAGUAUUGUCCUGGAUGGCAAGAACAUAAUGCUGAAUAUCUGGGACACUGCAGGACAGGAAAGAUUUUUUUCAAUAACAAAGAGCUACUACAGGAAUGCCGAUGGAAUCCUGCUGAUCUUCGACGUCAGUGACGAAAGAACGUUUUCGUGUGUUGACAGGUGGGUUGGGAGAAUUCGCGAGGAAACAUGCAAUGUCCCACUUUUUCUUGUGGGGAACAAGAAGGACAAGGUUGCAAGCUCAACUUAUAAUGCAAUGGAAAGCAAGUUCAAGCAAAAGGCCGAGCAAAUAGGUGCCAGAUACUACACUACAAGUGCAAAGACCGGUGAGAAUGUAAGCUGUAUAUUUGAAGAUAUGGCUACGGAUCUAUUGGAAAAGCAAGCACUUGGAAGGAGAUGGGAUCCUCAGAAUCUGUUUGCUCCUCCAAAAAACGCAAAGGGAGAUAAAGUGAAGCACAAGUGCUGUUUCUGA